AUGGUGUUGGAUCGGGCAUCGCCGGAUAUCCUUGCCAGCUCAGGAAUGUUUAAUCUUUCCCAAUCUAUAACGCUGAAAUGUUUUCCAAACAAAUUGAUUAAUCUCUCUUUGCUCUGCAUCAGGAUAUUCUCUCUCUUCUUCCCUCUCUGUUUCCUUUGCUCUCACUUUUUAUAUUUAUUUUUCUUUCUAUCUCUCUCUUUUUUGACCUGUCUUUUCUUCCCUCACCAUUGUUGUUUUCUUCCUCUCAACCUUUCCCUCUAUCUUUCUUUCGCUUCUCUCUAUUUCCCUACUCUCUCUCUCUCUCUCCCUCUUUCUUACAUUUUUUCUUUCUUAAUUUCAGCUGUUUUUUACUUUCACCUUUUCUUCGAUUCUUCGUCUCUCUCUCUUUCGCUCUCUCUCUCUCUUUCGCUCUCUCUCUCUCUUUCUAUUCCUUUACCUUCCUCUCUCCCUGUCCCUAUCCUCUUCCCUCCCUCUUCUACUACCUCUCUCUACUUUCUUCCCACUCUCUCUUCCCCCUCUUUUCGUUUCUGCCUAUUUCUCUCUUUUCUUAAAAUAUCUCUCUUUUACGCCCUUUCUCUCUCUCUCUUCCUCUCUCUUUCCUAUAUCUAUCUAUCUAUCUAUCUAUCUAUCUAUCUAUCUAUCUAUCUAUCUAUCUAUCCCAGUUUGUUUCUUAUCUAUCUAUCUAUCUAUCUAUCUAUCUAUCUAUCUAUCUAUCUAAAUAGAGAGAAAAUGGAAUUUUAG